AGUGAGUGAGAGCUGGAGAGCUGGAGAGCUGGGCGCUGUGUACUGACGCCCCUCGCUCGCGCUCAGCUCUGCUGCAGUGACUCACUCGGCGAAGGCAGAAUCGUUUUAUUACUCUUUCCCCCUCAGUCCGCUUACACACUUUUGACAUCUGACAGCUCCCAGGACGGCCAUGACGUCUCGAAGGUGGUUUCAUCCCAACAUCACUGGGAUCGAGGCAGAACACCUGCUCCUGACACGGGGCGUCCAUGGUAGCUUUCUAGCGAGACCCAGCAAGAGCAACCCAGGAGAUUUCACUCUCUCUGUCAGGAGGAACGAUGAGGUCACCCAUAUUAAAAUCCAGAACUCGGGGGACUAUUAUGACCUGUACGGAGGGGAGAAGUUUGCCACGCUGGCUGAAUUGGUCCAGUACUACACUGAGCAGCACGACCUCCUGCGGGAACGCAAUGGAGAUGUUAUUGAGCUGAAAUACCCCCUCAACUGCAAAGACCCCACGUCUGAGAGGUGGUAUCAUGGACAUCUCUCAGGGAGAGAUGCUGAAAAGCUCCUUACGGAGAAAGGUAAAUCCGGCAGCUUCCUGGUGAGAGAGAGCCAAAGUAAACCAGGAGACUUUGUACUUUCUGUCCUCACUAAUGAGGAAAAGCAUGAAAACGUAGACCGCAAGACUAAAGUUACCCAUGUCAUGAUCCGUUAUCAGGAUGGAAAAUAUGAUGUAGGAGGAGGGGAGAGGUUUGACACUUUGGCAGAUUUAGUGGAGCAUUAUAAGAAAAACCCCAUGGUUGAGAAGAGUGGAAUUGUUGUACACCUUAAACAGCCAUUCAAUGCCACAAGGAUAAAUGCAGCAAACAUUGAAAACAGGGUACGAGAAUUAAAUAAAGUAGCUGACAACUCAGAGAAACCCAAGCAAGGCUUCUGGGAAGAAUUUGAGGUUUUACAGCAGCAAGAAUGUAAACUCCUCUACCCCAGGAAAGAGGGGCAGAGACCAGAAAAUAAAAACAAGAACAGAUAUAAGAACAUUCUACCAUUUGACACCACUCGAGUGCAAAUCAAGGAGGCGGAUCCUGACGUGCCUGGCUCCGAUUACAUCAAUGCUAACUAUAUCCGAAGCAUGAAUGAAGAAGGUUGCCAUAUGGAUGAAGGUAAAGUGUUCAUCGCCACUCAGGGUUGCCUUCAGAACACCAUCUUAGACUUCUGGAAAAUGGUGUACCAGGAAAACACUCAUGUUAUUGUGAUGACAACCAAGGAGAUGGAGAGAGGACGGAAUAAGUGUGUGCGGUACUGGCCGGAUUUAAAUUCAACAAAGGAGUUUGGGAAGGUGAGUGUGAAGAACAUUGAGGAACACACAGCUCAGGACUACAUACGGCGAGAGCUUGAAGUCACUCGUCUAGACAGGAGAGAGCCUCCUAGGUGUAUCUGGCACUAUCAGUACCUGAGCUGGCCUGAUCACGGUGUUCCCAAUGAACCUGGAGGAGUCUUGAGUUUCCUUGAGCAAGUCAACAGAACCCAGAGUGCCAUUCCAGAGAGUGGACCCAUAGUUGUUCACUGCAGUGCAGGGAUUGGAAGAACAGGCACAAUUAUUGUGAUUGACAUCCUUAUCGACAUCAUAAACAGACAAGGGUUGGAUUGUGACAUCGACAUCCCAAAGACCAUCCAGAGAGUUCGCCAGCAACGAUCCGGUAUGGUUCAGACCGAGGCUCAGUACAAGUUCAUCUACAUGGCUGUUCAGCAAUACAUUGACACGGCUCAGAAGAGACUGGAAGAGGAGCAGAGGAAUAAAACAAAGGAGAGAGAGUACUCUAACAUCAAGUACCCACAGAUGUCAAAUGCCAGAGCCAAGCCAAACAUGAGCUCGUCUCGCUCUUCAUCUGUAAUGAACGAUGACUCCGGUGUUUAUGAGAAUUUGAAUAUCAAAAAUCCAAAGGGCUCAGCCAGCAGCAAUACCAGGAGAUAAGCCAUGUGGGCUGCUGUCUCAGGGAGUCUGGGAUUCCAGCAGAGGUGCUGUGUAGAAACACCUGAUCAUGGAGCGACGCUGGAUUACAGCACUGGGGGGUGGAGGGUGGGGGUGAAGCCGCCCAGCCGCUCAGCUAGAGAUUCCACCGAAAUCUCCAACAACUCCUCUCUUCAUUUCCUGACUGACUACGUCUGAGAAACUCACACUCCAAAACCAAGUGCCUCAACAGCAGCCGAAAUUGUUCCCGCAAAGGACGCGUGACUUGGUGCUUUCUCUCCACUUCUAGUCUAACAAGCCUCUCUACACUGCACUAAGCUACAUGAUGGUUUGUACAUGUGUGAAAUAUAUAUGAAAUAUGAAUAUUUACACUCAGUGACGUAACUUUGGAUGAAGCUACGCUCUUUCCAUGCUGUCUACGGCUGUUUCCAGACCUUGCUUUGCCUACUGGAUGUCGUCUACUGUAACCAAAGACCUUUGAUAUGUAUCUCACAAGCAGCGGUUAUUUGCGCUCUGCUGAGUGAUGCUCGUGGCACGGUGAUAUAAGAAGAAGAAAAUUACACCAUCCUGCCUCAAGGAUCCCCCCUUUUCUUUUCAGAGCACAUGGGAGGUGAUUGGUCAAAGUUCAACCAAUGAUUUGGAUAUCUUAUGUAAGUAGGUGUUUUAAAUGGGCUGAUUUGGUACAGUGUGGUAGAAUCUAUACAGUAUGUGCCAAUUAGCAGCCUGUGCAUCAUAUUCAUAAAGGCUUCUGCUUUGAUGCUUUUUUAUUGAGCAUUACCUCCAGGCAAAUGAACCGUUGGAGGAAGUCAAGUGCUACUGUCAAUCAAAGGCUUAUCAACCAAUCAGGCUGCCUCUUCAUCAGCGGGCUCCUCCCUCUAUGCGUAGGCUUUAUUGUUCUGAAAACAUCAGGUGAGCCUUUAUUAGGUAGGGUUUUGUUUGUUUGUUACUAGUCAUUUUGUUUGCAACUAUGAUUCCUUUAGAGCAAUUUUAUCUUGUGAUAUUUGUGAAUGUGAUAUUGAAAUCUAGGCCUGGCAUUUUUUUAUAUAAUGCAUUUUAACUAUAUUAUUCCACAUUUUCCUCCUAAGAGACACAUUAAGCUCUUUUAUCACAUAUAAACAGGGUGUGUGUGUAUUGCGGUGUUAUAAAUAGCCCGAUAAAGCUCUUUACGUCAAUAGCGGGUUGUGAUUGCACUGAGGCCUUCGAAUGAAAACCGUCAAUUGAAAAACAUGGUGUUACUGAACAUCUACAAUGGAGGGGAUACGUCAGGAUGUCGAGCGAGCUGUUGACGUGAAUGGCAUUUCGGUGGAGACUUUAGCUAAAAAGGAGGCAGGCCAGAUGGCCCACAGCUAAGAUUAAAGAAAUAGAUUUGUGUAGGGCGAAAAAAGUAAUUUAAAACAUGGCCGUAAUCCAAACGUAGCUAUUAUUAGGUGAGGUCAGCAGUGCUGUCAUAAGAUGUUAUAUAUACACUACCAGGUCAGUAAAGGUUUGGGGUCAGUAAGAUUUUAAAAAAAAAGAA